AUGGCCACUCAGAUCACACCGUCCAAACAGGCGGCCGCAAGUCUCGAGACUCUCAAGAUGAAGGACAGCCCGGUCAAGAAACUUGACUUCAACGUCGAGAACAAAGAAAACCUGCCCUCUACCACCAGUUUCACCGCGAAGACCGAGCCAGAAGUCGAGAAGCCUACCGUCACAGAGGUCAAAGCACCGGUUGAAGCACCCAAGGUUGCGCCAACUAUGAAAGAACUGGAGGCUGAUGAGCCGAUCCUACAAGAGAACCCUCAUCGCUUUGUGCUGUUCCCUAUCAAGUAUCAUGAGAUUUGGAACGUGUAUAAGAAGGCCGAAGCUAGUUUCUGGACAGCAGAAGAAGUCGACCUGUCAAAAGAUCUUCACGACUGGCACAACCGUCUGAAUGACGAUGAGCGAUACUUCAUAUCUCACGUUUUGGCUUUCUUCGCUGCCUCGGAUGGCAUUGUCAACGAGAACCUACUUGAGCGCUUCAGCGGCGAAGUACAAAUUCCAGAAGCUCGCUGUUUCUAUGGAUUUCAAAUCAUGAUCGAGAACAUUCACUCCGAAAUGUAUUCUCUACUCAUUGACACUUAUAUCAAAGACAACAAGCAGAAGGCGUAUCUGUUUGACGCAAUAGACACCAUUCCUUGCAUCCGCAAGAAAGCCGAUUGGGCCUUGAAAUGGAUCUCUGAUAAGGAGUCGACCUUUGCUCAGCGACUUGUCGCCUUUGCUGCUGUUGAGGGCAUCUUCUUCUCAGGUUCAUUCGCUUCGAUCUUCUGGCUUAAGAGCAAGGGUCUUAUGCCUGGUUUGACCUUUUCGAACGAGCUCAUCUCACGUGACGAAGGCAUGCACACAGACUUUGCUUGUCUCCUCAUCCAGCAUCUCAAGCACAAGCCAGACCCCAAGCUCAUUGAGAAGAUCAUCACUGAGGCUGUCGAAAUCGAAAAGGAGUUCUUGACUGACGCGCUGCCUGUCGGUCUGCUGGGCAUGAAUGCCAAGCUUAUGCAACAAUACAUUGAAUUCGUUGCUGAUCGCUUAUUGGUGGCGCUCGGAAACAAGAAGUUCUACAAUGCUCAACAGCCAUUCGGCUUCAUGGAGAAUAUCUCUCUCGGUGGAAAGACAAACUUCUUCGAGAAGCGCGUUGGUGAUUACCAGAAGGCUGGCGUGGUAGGCUCAAGCAAGAAACAGGAAAAGGGAACAUCUUCGAGUGAUGAAAAGGCCGAAGACGACAGUAACGGCAUCAAUUUUGACGAGGACUUCUAG